UUUCUACCCUUUUGAUCUCUAUAUAAACACAAACCAUGUUCACCCUCUUUCUUCAUUCCAAUUUCUAGUAAUCUUCCAAAGUACCACUUCCCUCACCACUUAUACCAAGUUAGUAUAUCUGUUUUAAAAAAAUAAAUAUUAACGGUCGUAUUUGAGUCAGUUUUCGUUAAAUUACCUUUGAUCUGUUAUUUGUUGUCUAUACAAGCAGAAACCAUCUUCACUCUCUUUCUUCAUUUCAAUGUCUAGUAAUCUUCCAUUUGUCACUUCCCUCACCUCCUAUACUAAGUAUUCUUUUUCAAAGAAAAUUAUAUAACAAUAGUGUUCGUGUAAGUUUGUGUUAAAUUAUCUUUGAUUUUUACCCUUUGUUCUCUGUAUAAGCAUAAACUAUAUUCACCCUCUUCGUCAUUCCAAUUUCUAGUAAUCUUCCAAGGUAUCACUUCCCUCACCACACCGAUACUGAGUAUAUAUUUAAAAAAAAUAUAUAUAUAUAUAUAUAAUAGUGGUGUUUGAGUUAGUUUGUGCUAAAAUAUCUUUAAUUUUGAGAUGCCGGUAAAAGGGUGUGAAGUAGUGAGCGGGAAGCCAGAGAUGACCAAGAAUGCAAAGACCACAAGCAAGUUUCAAAAGCAGAACUCUACAAAGAGUGUUCAUGUUGAUGGUGCUACUAAUGAUGCAAAAAGUACCACCUCCACAAGAAGUUGUAGCUUCAAGAUGCCUAAUAGAUCCCAAUUAUCUCCUAUUAAACUUUUCAAACAACUUGGAGGAAAAAUGGCUGCAGUUAUGAAGGUGAUGUCUUCAUCAAAGAGAAGUUGUAGGAAAGUUACUAAUUCCUCGGAGAGAGCAGCAAUUUCUGCUAAACCAACCGCUGUCCUAAAUAUUGACUCUCAUAGAGCAGAGGCAAUUGAUGAUUGCAUUCAGUUCAUCAACUUAUCAUCUACCUUGCCAAGAUCUAAUUCAGUGUCAUAAGAGAUGGGAGAAUUUCUUAGUAAGGAGCAUUUUAUCGCGAUAUCUAUUUUAAUUGUCCACUUUAAAAUUAGAUGUGUGAUUUGAAUAUAAUUAGUUUUGAAUCUUGACUUUCUGGUAGGAUGGCCACUAUCAAGGUCACUAUCGAAUUCAGUUCAUUGAUCGAGUUUUGAAAAAGUGGUCAAGAAAGUGACAAUUUGUGUAGAUAAGCUUGUUUUACCCUUUUAAUGGGUCUAUGUAAUGUUAAAUUAAUUAAAUCAGUAAAUUUUGACAAUGAA